AAGAGGAAGUACAAGAAUUGCACAAUUUGCUGAAAUAAUCUUGCAACUGAUGAACUUCAUUUUGACACUUCUGCAUUUGAAAGACAGCUUGAAUCGUGCAAAAAUCACAAUAAUAACACUGGGAGCAUAUGAUGCCACUGAUUAGCAACAUUAUCUAGCAAAACAUCAUCAUCUUUUAUCUGAAUAAAAUAACAUAGCAUGCAUUUCAGUAACACAGAUCUUGAAGAUAACUUGUCCAUUAAUACAGUAAUAUUAAUUUUAAACAUAUAAAUUACAAAUCAGUGAACCUGCAGCUGUAAGAUGAAAGUUCAGAUUGAUAUCAUGAAGUAUGCUGCCACCUCUGACAUUGAUGUUAAAGGGAUUAAAAGGAUUCAGUCAAUAUCAGUGGAAUGGAGGACUUGUGUACGAGUGAAUAACAGAAGGACAGUGUGAUGAGUGGGGAGAGGUUAACACACACUGAUGUGGGACGUGCGUGACUCCAGCGGACGCUCUUCUGCUCACAGCUACACUGCUCAUGAAGUUCAGCCCUUAUCGUCGCCGAUCAUUUUGUCUGAUCAUUUAUUAUCAUAGAAAUUUCAUUCUGUCUGGAGAUGUGACCUCGUGAAAGCGAUUUUGUGGCUAAUUUGUGGUUAAGUUCGCCGGAUGCAUUGGACACCUGCCCUAUGUUCUGUAGAUACCAUAAUUUUGUUGAUGGAGAGGAUUUCGAAUGACAGCCGGCACAGUGGUCAUCACAGGCGGAAUUCUGGCUGCCAUUAUCUUGCUAACUAUUGUCACAGUUCUGUGUUACUGUAGGCUGCAGUAUUACUGCUGUAAAAGAGACGAGUCAGAAGAGGGGGAGGAGGAGGCUGACGUGGCCAAGGCAUCGCCAAAUCCACUGCGCCAACCGAGUCCACCGGAGAGUCCACUGAGUCUUCAACAUUUCCCUGAAUACGCAUCCUGCAAUCAGCUGCUGAUGACGGCGGAGCCCUUGGAGCACAACGGACCAGUAAGCUAUCCUCAAUACUUCCCGCGUGCGCCCUACAGACCGCCCCGCUCGUACACUUUUUGCCCAUCCUGCUCGGGGUAUCUGCCGCUCCACAUGAGCCCACAGGAGGGGCUGCCUAAUGGAGGUGGCAGGAUCAGCUACAGGACUCUGCAGCAGGAGGAAUUAGACCUGCCAAUGGAGGCGCCCAGCUUCCAAAAACUCAACCUUAUCCGCUCUGUCACCAUGCAAGAAGUGCUGACUCAUCACAGCAUCAGCACGGAUGUGUAGCACCUCAUAUUCACCUGAAGCAGUGUGUUAUUCACAUGUAUUGUGCUGCUUUGCUGUACCCGGUUGUUCAAUUCAUUGUAUCCAAUAGAUAAAAUUGAUGUAUGUAUGUAUGUAUGUAUGUAUUUAUCUAUCAGACGGAUGGUCUGCGUGAUUUUGCCAAGUAAGACAUGUUA